CACAGCUGUAAACCAGCUUUGGCGCUAACAUCAUGUGACUCUCUGUCUCUUGUCCCCUCUUCACUCUUCACUCCUCAUGGCUCACACACCCUAACGAGUAUAACUCACCCUCACACUCAUUCUCACUCUCACUCUCACUCUCACUCUCACUCUCACUCUCUUCUUCCAAUGGCGUCUUCCCUCUCUCUUCUCACCCUCGCCCUCUUCUUCCUCUGCAUUUCCCUCGGCGCCCGGGCGCACAUGGAGGAGACAACCUUAAAUCUCAUGUCGGACGCCUUGGACUGGCCUACCACAAUGUCGCUCUACGAUGAUGACGUGGACCAAGACACCGAAGAGGAGGACGUGGAAAACGGUUUCAGCCGGAGAUCCUUGUUCUGGCGGAGAAUGAAGUACUACAUAUCCUACGGUGCUCUCUCCGCUAACAGAAUCCCCUGCCCCCCUCGCUCCGGCAGAUCUUACUACACGCACAACUGCUACAAGGCCAGAGGCCCCGUUCACCCUUACUCCCGGGGAUGCUCCGUCAUCACGCGCUGCCGGAGAUGAUCGCCCACGCGCCUCAGAUCCCCACUCGUAAUUGCCGUUUACACUCUUGUACUGUCGUUUCCUUACGUUUUCUGGAUUUUGAAGCGUCCUUCAGUGUGCUUGCGCAGAUGGAUCUCCUUCUCCUUUCUGUUGCCUCAUAUUUAUUCCAUUGUAUAAACUCAAGAGUAAUCAUCACAUUGCAACUGCAUGCCCAAAUGUGCUUUCUACACUCGUUGCAAUUUAUGUAUGCUGUUUCAUUUCUUUUUUCCCUUUAUUAUGGAUCCUCAUGUUUCUCUUA